CCUUCUUCAGGGGUUGAAUAAAAAGCUUGGACGAGCAGCGUCACCUGUCCACUUCUCUCGACCAUCAGAGCUGCUGCCAGGCUCCGACAACACAACAGCCAUGAAUAAGGAAGAAGGCGCGGAGCUAAAAACUAUCCUGAAGCGCAACAAACGCGUCAACCUGCUGCUGAACGACGAGAGCGGCAGCGCCACCCAGAGCAGCUCCAUCGGGGCAGUUCGCUGGAAGUUACCCGACGAGAGCGUCCAGCCCCACAGCUCGGCCCCCACCGUUCACGCGAACCACAGCAAGAGCUCGCAGCAACACGCUCGCCAGGGCAACUUGAAGGACCUGUGCAGCCUGCAGGAGUGUGUCCAGUUCAUUAAUCACUGGAAGGAGCAAGUGGACCAAGUUUGCAAGCAUGGUGGCACCAAUCCAGGGGAGGGAACCAGCAAGGCGGAGGCCCAGCGCUCCGACCGGCGCACCGAGCGCAGCCUGGAGGAGAGCAGAAAGUUGAUCCUGGAGUGGGCCGAUGAGCUCCGCCAUGUUGACAAGCUUCUAAAGGAGACCCCAUGGAAAUCUGACAAUCAAAAGAAAGAAACUAAAGAGGAGCCCAAAGAGGAGGGACAAAAGCAGAUCAUGGAGUGGGCAAAGGAGCUGCAGAAAGCGACUGAGAGCUGCGGCGUGCCGAGCGAGGAGCUGGGAAAAGUGCUGCACCUGCUGGGCAUCAAGAAGAAGAGACUUUACAAGCUGCUGCCUCUGCUGGAGUUCAUCACCUGGUCUCUGCUCAAAGAAGAGAACAUGGCAAUGGUUUCCCAGAUCUGGCUGCUGGCGAAGCAAAGGACCUGGAAAGCAGGAAUACCCAGAUACAUCCCAAACUCAGUCUGGACCUGGAUCUGCAGUGCAGCAGCCGACGUGAUUCUUGACCCCAUGACCAACCACCCCUGGCUGCAGCUUUCAGACGACCAGCGCAGGGUGCAGGAGGGCCUGUCGGCGACGGACCUCCCAGAGAGCAGCCAGCGAUUCGACAGCCUGCCCUGCGUGCUGGGCUGGGAGGGCUACAACAGCGGCCGCCAUUACUGGGAGGUGGACAUCGCCAACAACGGCUACUGGCGGGUCGGCCUGACCACCGCCAACUCUGAGCGGAAGGGCAACUUUCCCAUGACCCCCAGGAAGGGUUACUGGGUCCUGUGGAGAAGCACCCACCACUUCUACGCCUGCAGCAAGCCGGAGACGCAGCUGCCCGCCGCCCUCGUCCCGCGGCGCCUCGGGAUUUACUUGGACUACGAGGAAGGCCAGAUCUCCUUCUACAACGCCGAGACCAAAUCCCACAUCUACACCUUCACAGGGAACUUCGGGGGAAAGCUGUACCCUCUGUUCGCUCCCAUGGACGGCCGCACGCUCAUGACUGUCAUCAAGCCGCAUAAAAUCUCUGGAGGCACCGGAGAACCUAAGAAGAAGGAGUUUGUGAAGAGUCCCAAGAUGUUUAGAAAGGUGGCGUGGGAAGACGCCACCCAGCUUUAAAAACCCCCCAGCAAACCCAGUCAGAAGUACUGAUCUGUCAUUUGCUUUUUACGUCCAACUUCACUCGAACGCAGCACAAGAUCACGCUGUUUAUACAGGAGAGAUUCAGGUUCGUCUAUGCAGUUAACACAAGUUCCAAGCAAACAUUUUCCAAUCAAAUGUUUGGUCUGUUUAACGUAGAAAUGCAGAAAGACCAUUAGAAAACGACGAAGAAAAAAAACAAAAUCAAGAACCAGACGCUUUGUGUUUCUCUGGUCUCUAGUGAAAGAGAUUCAAAUCCUUUAUUUAAAUAGAUACGUUUUCAAGAGCCGCAUGGAUUGAUAGACUAGAAAUAUCUGACGUUCUCACAGCGAGGAAAUGUAGGAAAAUAUAGUAAACCUUCCUGGCUACUGAUGAGCCGUGGCACAUUCAGGGAGAAAAUAUAGAAAUAAACUUCAAGUCCGUUGUUUAGACCCAGUAGCAAAAGUGGAAGAUGUCUUAAUUUGGGGUUUUCUAGAUUAAACCUGAUCUACAUUUCUUUAAACAAAGAAGUAAAGAUGAUCUGACCUCAAAUGAAAUCUGCAGAAGAAGUGGUCUUUAAGAAGUGGUCUGAUUGUUUAAUUUCUAUAAAUGCUACCUCAAUGUUACUCUCAACUUCUCUGUCAAAGUAAUAUGAAGGAUGAAUUGUAUAUGACAAUGUUUAGAAAGAUUGUGCUUCUAUUCAGUCACCGUGUAUGAAUGCCUUAGUCUUUAGGACAAUGUUAUAAACUGAGAUUUGUGUAAAAUGCAUGACAGAGGCUAUGUGUAACCAUAAAGAAACACAUUUAUUAGGCUGAACAUGUGGUUGCUUUCUGAUUCAUGCACUUUAAACUGCACUUUUACAAGAAGCUGUUGUUAUAAAUAAUUUGAUGUUGAAAAAGAUCUGCAUUUUUCCAGUGAACAUUAAACAACUAAGCUCCA